AUGCCAGACAAGAAGAUAAUGCCAGACAAGAAGAUAAUGCCAGACAAGAAGAUAAUGCCAGACAAGAAGAUAAUGCCAGACAAGAACAAAACGCCAGACAAGAAGAAAACGCCAGACAAGAAGCCACCUCCGGGCAAGAAGCCGCCUCCGGAUAAGAAGCCACCACCUGACAAGAAACCUGCGCCCGACAAAAAGACAUCGCCGGACAAGAAGCCAAAACCGUCUACUCCGCCUCCCACCAAGGCACCAUGGAAGUCGCCUCUUAAGAAUCCCUUCAAAAAGAAGCCAGCUUCCGACAACAAGCCACCGUCAGACAGAACGUCGUCGCCCGACAAGACGCCAGCUUCUAACCAAAAUACACCUUCUACGAAAGAGCCACCGCCCGGACAGAAGCCAGCCGCCGACAAGAAGACGCCACAUGACAAGAAGCCAGAGCCCUCCAAGAAACAGCCGUGGAAGCCAACUCUCAACAACCCCUUUGACAAAAGGCCUGCGCAGAAAGGAUCCCCUGCAGCUUCGCCAUCAGGUAAAGACAGACCGACACCGUCACCCGGCCCGAGCGGCGGAUCAACACCAACGCCUCAAGAUCUGAAGUUAGCUUGGAUGCUUUUACCAUUUGCACCUGCUGCUUCGAGUGUCCUAGCUGGCGCCAAUACCCCUGAGAUCCUGGCAACCUUUCUAUUGAGUCUUUUGACUCUGAAUGUGGGAGGCGCUAUAAUGGCGGCUCGUCAACAGCUCGGUGUCAAGCAGUUCUUCGUGGAGCUCUGUUUCGUCGAGCAAUGUAUCGUCGAGUUCUUCUUCAUCGAGUUCCUCGAGUUCUGCGUCAAGUUCUCCAAGUUCCUCAUCCAGCUCUUCAAGUUCUUCAUCAUCAAGUUCAUCCAGUUCUUCUUCAUCCAGCAGCUCUUCCUCUUCGAGCAGUUCUUCGUCAAGCAGUUCUUCGUCAAGCAGUUCGAGUGGAUAGCCUAG